AUGAAGGAAAUUCUCAUCUUCUGGGCCUUGUGCUCCCUGGUGGGGGAUUUGCUGGCAGAGAGAUCUCCGCUCAUUCAACAAGCCACUUUUGUCUCCACAAACUUUGAAAACAUUCUCACGUGGGAGCAUGGGAAGGAGACAUCCCCCGGCACCGUCUACGACGUGGAGUAUAAAAUGUAUGGGGCCGAGUGGCAGAACAAAAGCGAGUGCCAGAACAUCACACAGCCUUUCUGCAAUCUCACACUGGAGACUGAAAACUACACUGAACGUUAUUAUGCCAGAGUGAGAGCCAUUGUCCCUAACUGCUGUCAAUCAAAUUGGAUCAGGACCCCUAGGUUCUGUCCCAAGGAAGACACUAUUGUUGGGGAACCUGAAGUGAAAUACAUCCCCAAUGUACAAUCCAUACAGUUCGUUAUACAGCCUCCCUACACUCCCCUGAGAGAUGAGGAUAAUCAGACAUUGACUGUGGAAGACAUUUUCAGCCGAUUUGAUGUUGUCCGAUACCAGAUAAUAAUAUUUUGCCGGAAGACACUGCAAAAGUGGAAGAAGACUGAGAACAUCAAAGAAUUUGAAAUCUCUGAGCUGAACCCUGACACUGAAUAUAAUGGUACAAUACAUAUCAAAUACUUAGAAAAAAUCAGCAAGCCCCAUAAAUUUCGGGUGAGGACUUUACCAGACAAUCGUUGGCUGACAUACUUGUUUGGGGUAGUUGCAUUUAUGGUUUUAUUGAUCUUUGGUAUAACAUACUACCUGAUAUACAAGUACAUUAAGCAAUAUACUACACAGCAACCCAAGUCUCUGGUUUUCAAGAACGUGCCACACUUCCAGCCACUCAUGCCUACUGUGGAGCACACCCUGAUGCCCCAUGAUUUAUCCAAGCCUUGCCAAAUGGAUCCGGAGAUGAAACCAGAACAGAUGAACCAGCGUCUCCAAGAAGUACUUGAGCACCGAACGGUAUUUGAUUUGCCAGAGAGAGUUUAUCAGCAACAGGCCCAAAGGGCUUCCAUCCAGCGCACUGCUGCUCCCACGGGCCAAGUAGAUGACACAGUUACCAUCGGUUAUGCUCCGCAAGUGACCCAGAACAACACACCUCACACACUAGACAACAAGCGCUCGACUUUAACAUAUGGUGUGUGCGUCGAAGGCACCAGCCGCGCCAACAAGACAAACUCUUCAGCAAACCAAUUGACAAAGUCUGAUUCUGUCCGUGGCUUUAUCAGCAACGGGCAUACUAGAGCGCAGAAACAAAAACAGAAUGAAAGGGGAUUGUGGGGAGACCUGGCUCAAAAGGAGCCAGUGCUGGAGCUGGGGAAAGCUGAGGAAACCCAACAGCAGCAGCUGCUUCAGGGAGAUGCCCAGGGCACGCCACAGCAAUUUCCUUACCUUCUGCAAGACAGAGUACCCGCCGUUUUAGGGCAAAGGACAGGAAGUUACAAGCAGCAACCUGUGGCAUUCUUGCCGUCUGCUCUGGAAACCAGCCAAAUCACCACCUCAGAAGGUGACUCUCCGUUGUCAUCCAUUCUGAAUUCCUUGUUUCCAGUUUGCGCCAGCAACGGCCUCUCACAAGAUCCCAGCCUCCUGGGGCAAUGGGCAGCCUGGGAUUCAUUAACCUGGACCCACAGCCAGCGGGCCCCUUCAAGGUCCCCAGCAACGGACUGCUUCAGUCGAGCCAGCGAGGGUUUGAAAAGCGAGGCCGGACCCCUGAGCAACGCCCCAGAAUCCUCGGACUCGCUUCAGGAUAACAUGCUCCUCCCGGGCCUGUUCAGAGACUUGGAGCUGAAAUUACAGUGGGAUCAUGGGCCGGAUGAAAAUGCAGCUAUUUAUUAG